UUCCUGGAAAAUUGUAUUGUUUGUUGUUAUUUUGCGACUCAUCGUGCUAUUUAUUUUGACGAUUCAUUGUGUCUCUAAUAAAAAUGGAUAAUAAUUUACAACAUGAAGAUUUGUUGAUAAAAUUACGCGCUAAACUGAAUCAGGAGAAGGUGAAAUUAUGGGAACCUCCAUUCAUUGCCCAAGAUAAUGAAAUCACGCAAGAUUUUAAGAAUAUUGCUGAGAAAUACGCGAAAGAUCUCUCCUUAGAGACUGAAGUGGUACAGCAAGCUCUACGGGAACUGCAAUUACACUCACUUGAACGAUCCAAAGACAAUGAAGAGUUUAAAGAGACAGGGUUUGCGACCUUUAGGGUCAAAGCCACCAUACCUGGUGAGAAACCCAAGAUGAUGAAGUUGCAGAAGAAGCUUGAUGGUCUCGGAUCUGAACUGAUAGCCGCCAUCGCUGCCGAGAUUGGCGUUACGGAGAAUAGAGUAAAGUUAAUAUACAAUGGGAAGGUGAUAAAACCUACUCCUAGUAUGGAACAGCAAGGGUUGAAGAAUGGAGCUACUUUGAUGGCUCUUGUGAUGGCAGAAACUCCUGAAGAAGUGAAGAAAGAGGAGAACAUGUAUAUGGAGAUGAAGACUGUCCGGGAUGAUGCCACGCUGCUGUCCGAGUAUGUGGACGAACUGGCUGAUGAUGAGGAGUAUAUAAAGCUGGAGGACCAGUCGGGCGCGACGGUGGAGCUGCCCCCGGCGGAGCGGCGCGCGCUGGUGGUGGGGCUGGCGCUGCACGAGCGCGGCCGCACGGCGGCGCGACACCACGACUACUCACUCGCGCUCGUACUGUUCCUAGAGGCUGACCGACAACUCAGCGAGUGUCGGUCGUCGAUCCUGCAGUCGGUGGACAACUGGGCCGUGCUGCAGCUGGACGUGGCGUGGAGCUACCUGUGCCUGCGCAGCCUGCCGCAGGCGGCCGACGCGGCGCAGCGCCUGGCGCGGGCCGAGGCCGCCUUCCGGGACUCCUACGGCGAGGACCACGCCAGGCUCAUCGCGCUCAAAGGCAGCGCCGCGAACGAGCGCGUGCUACUGAUGCGCAUGUACUUGCUGCAAGGCAUCGUGUGCUACCACCAGAACAAGCGCGCCGAGGCACGCGCACUGCUCGCCAAGGCAGAGACUGAACUCAACGCGCUUAGAGUGGACGAGGACGCGGUGCUGACGCUGAUGGAGCUGGGCUGGUCCCGCGCGGCCGCCCGCACGGGUCUCCGCGCGGCCGCGGGCCACGUGGACACGGCGCACCACUACCUGGCCGACCGCCGCGCGCAGCGGGACCGCGCCCGGGAGGCGCAUCGGAACGACAGACAGCGUCGCCUACUAGGUGUAUGCGAGGACGGGUCCCAAAUAAACUUGCAGUUGGUGGAAGCGUUGGUGGGUAUGGGAUACCCGCGCAGUGUGGCAGUCUGCGCGCUCAGGAACUCCAACAACCACGUCGCUGAGGCUGUCAGGCUCAUACAGGAACAGCCUGAACUGUUGGUAGACAGCGACAGAUCCUCGGACGACGCGUCCACCAUCAGCUCGGACGACUCCAACAUCGUGCCGGACAAUAAACUCGUCGCAGAGCUGGAGGCGAUGGGCUACGAGGCGGAGCAGGCCCGCGCCGCGCUGCGCCUGGCGCGGAACCACAUCAGUGGCGCCGUCGACGCACUCGUCGCGGGCGGCGGGCUCGUGCUGCACAAACGCCCGAGGACUGAAGGUGACCCUGAGGAUCCAUCCACCAGCUCAGGAGUUGUCUCCAAGAAGAAGAAGGCUAAGAAGGCACACAAGAAAGAUAAAAGGAGGAAAGAGCGGGAUCAAGCUCUGCGCCGGCUGACGGCAUCUAUAAAGACUGAAGAAGAUGACUAUCUGGACACCUCCCUCACUGAGGAGGAGGAGUUCCUCGCACAGUACAAGUCCCUCUUGUAGACUGACACUCACUUAUCAUGGUAACACAUAUUAAUUAACUCUUUGACAAAAUAAGAUCUCGUAAAAACUUCGUAAAAAAAUACGUUUAAUAGUUAGUUCUAACUCAAAGAAUACCAGACUAAUUUCGAGCCAUACCGGGGCUCUUAUUUAGCUACCCAACUAUCUUCGAGCUCGAAAUUAAUGUUAGUAUGUUACUAUUAGUGUUAUAAUGAAAAAUCAAUUUUUAUUUAAUUGUUUUGAUUAAAAUUUUAAGUAAACUCUAAGUUUAUAAAUUGUGAACAUUAUCAAAUGAUUGAAAAAGAAGUCUAUGGACUAACCUUUAAAACCCUAGACAUUUUCAUACACAUAUUACGAUGAAAUAUACACUAUAUGUCAUUUAUAAUACGAUACAAUAUAAUUGUGAUUUAACUGAACAAGUCUCGUUGGUAUAAUUAUUCAGCAUUUAUAAUAAUAUCUAUGUAUCUAGAAAUAAGUAUUACAAUAAUAUGAAACACAUUGUACUGUGUAGCAUUCACUUUUACAUUAUAUUGAAACAUAUCUAAUGGCAGCAAGAGUUCACUAAAUAAUGUGAACACUGUUCCCGACUUAACUGUUGUUUCAAUAUUCAUAUUAUUAUUUAAUUAUGAUAAACUAACAAUUUAGCACUAGCUUUCACUCGGCAUCUUUCACUCAAAAUGAUACGUCUCAACUCAUAAUGAAAUAAGAGUGCUAAAAUGAAUUCAGUAGUGAACCUAUUCAUCAUUGUUAAAUUUUGGCAUUCCGCAUCAUUCACUCCCCCACUCCGAAUGAACAAAAAAUGAACUGUCUGCACACAGAGUGAACGGAUUUGAUUAAAUUAUCACAAACUAAAGUGAUUUCGAGACGCACGACAUUAUGAAUUAAUGUUCAUUUCUUUAUCAUUCAAAGUAUUCAGAACUUGAAAAGAAAGAUAAAUUAACAUUCACUGGUGUUAAUAUUCAUUCGAGUGAACCAUCUGAAUAACUAAUCUCGCGCAGUUUCAUCAUCUCUGCUCGACUCCUAUUCAUCGAAGUGUAGUGUUUUAUAACCUAUACCCUUCCUUGAUAAAUGGACUGUCCGACACAUAAAGAAUUAUUCAAUUCGAUCCAAUAGUUUCAGAGAUUAACUCGCUCAGCCCAACUGCAGCAUUAUAAUUUUAAUAUUGAUGUUUGGUGUCGAUAUUAUUAUAUUAUGAUUAGAUAUUAUUUGGUUUCAAUAAUAAUAAUUAUGACUACAUAAUGUAUAUGUAUGAAAUAUCGUACGUCGAGCUUUUUACUCGUGGUAGUGUCUUAUAGUUUAGUAUAUAUGUGCCUAUAUAUAUGUAGGAAUUAUUAUUACGACUAAAUAUUCCGACUUAUUAAAGUCUAAAGUACGGUGGCUAGCAGGUCAACCUAACCUUUUCCAUCAAUCUCCAUUACAUCUUCAACUUUAUUGUGUUUUGAUAUAUAGUCGACAAUCCAAUAAAUAAAUUUGACUGAUGGGUGUAGGUUGAUACGCUAGCCACUACAUUUAUAAAGUGAGCAUUCAUCGUUAAUCCCGCGACUCCGUCCGCGUGGUUUUUAAUCCUACACCCGUGGGGAGAAGGAGUAAAAUGUACUUUGUAUUUUUUCGCUGAUAAUUAAACGAUAUCUAUAUGUGAUAGAAUUAAAAAUUGUAUUAGAACUUAGACCUAAAAUUAUACUAUAUAAAACGGUUUUAUAAAACUUGGGUAUAUCCUACUAAGUAAAAUAUGCAAAUAUAUUCUGAACCAUAAUAAACUCUGAUAUUUGUGCACCGUAGUUACAGAGCCCAAACACUAACAUUCAACUAAAUUAAUAAUCUAAGAAUUGAAGCCCCAUUCAAUGUUAAUACAUUUUACUACUUAUAUUAUCCGUGUGUCUACUAACAAUACCGUAUAAAAUUAAUUGUAUAUCAUAUUUACUAAUCUGUUUGUCUGUGUAUCAGUAGCACUGUUUGAAAUAUUGAUAAUAAUAAUAAUUAAACUGUCCAAGCGGUCACCGGUGACCGCAACCUAUUGUUCUAUAAUUGUGUCUACAAAACCGGUACUCGACGAGUUAAACUUGAAACAUAAUCGGUAGUUUGUGCCUCAUUAAUUAAUAAUUACUUUAAUAGUGGACAACUUUUAAAAUUUUGUUUAUAAGUACAAAGUAACUGCUCGAGUAUAAAAUAACAAUAAUGUAUUAUGUCUUUGGGAAGCAACUGUCCUAAAUAUAUGACAACUACUUCUGAAACCCCUUUCACAGCUCUUUUUCUCUUUUUUUUCGUAUUUUAUGAAUUUAAACAUGAAAAGUAAUAAAAUAGCUUGAAUAUAUAAUGAUAAUAAAUGUAAUUGCGAAGCAGCUGUACUAAAUAUGUGACAACUUAUUCUGAAACUCUUUUCACAGCCCUGUUUCUCUCUUUUCUCAAUUUUUAUGAAUUCAUACAUUAUCAUCAUCAGCUUCUAAGUGUCCACUGCUGAGCAAAGGCCUCUCCUCACAUGGAGAAGGAAUGAGCAGUAAUCACCACGCUUGCUCAAGGCGGAUUGAAUUAAACAUUCUGGCUCUUAUGUAUUUAGCUACAAAGAUAUUAUUAGUUUGACUAAAGCUAAAGUUUAAAAUACAAUGAAUUUGGAUAGAAGCUUAAAUGAUUGUUUUCAAUUACUUAAUCGCCUACCCUAUACAAUUGUACAGGAUAGAUGGAGAUAUGGAUAUAUAUAACAUUACACCUAGGUUGUUCCAAGUGUCAAUUAAGGGUGAGUUUCCUAAAAACUAACACUAAAAGUUUACCAAAAUCUAAAAUUUUUCAAUUCCUAAAAGGCAACUAACUAAUAACUCAGCCAUGGGCAGCGUCGAUUGCUUACCAUCAGGUGAUCCGUUUGAUGGUUUACUGCAUCAUA